AUUAUCUAUUUUUAGUGUUCAUAUGGGCCUCAUGUUAAAGACCAUCUGCGUGCCUUCUUAUUUAAAAUACAGAAAAUGGAGUUCAAUGUUAACCGUUUGGGUGCCAUACACGCACAUAUUGAUAGUUUUAAUGCUUUUAUUGAUCACUAUUCCACACGUAUGGUCAGAAGGAUACCCCCGGUAUAUAUUUCGGCUGACUCGGACCACCUUAAACACCUUUUAAAUUCAAAGGAAAAGCCUCACUAUGUGCAAGUAUCCGUUCUUUCUUUGCGUAUAGGCAAUCCCACUAGGCCAGGUUCUGAAUGCCUUGGCUCAGAUAAUCGUAUGUUUCCAAGACACGCAAAAAUCGCACAUACAACGUAUGAAUCAUCGCUAAUUGUGAAAUUUGGUUUGAAGAUUCCUGGUACAUCCAAGGUACUUACUAAAGAGCUAACAGUGGGUUAUAUACCCAUUAUGGUCAAAUCUAAACGAUGCAAUUUAGACGGAAUCUCACCAGAGGAAAUGGUGGAACAAGGGGAAGACAUUGAUGAACCCGGAGGAUACUUUGUAGUUCGUGGAAAUGAGCGAAUUGUCCGCCAGCUAAUUGUUUUGCGUUCAAAUUAUCCAUUGGCCAUAAAAUCAGGAAACAAUAGAACAAAACAUGUGUUGUUUACCGACUACAGUAUCAUGAUGCGUAGUCAGUGCCACGAUGACGGCUGUUCAGUUAAUAAUGUUUUAUACUUAACAGUUAACAAGAGAUGUAUGUUUCGCACCAUCGUAAAGGGUUCAGUACAAUUGAUUCCUUUUGGUGUUUUAUUGAGGGCAACCAUGCCACUAAUGAGUGAUGAAGAGUUGAAGCAAAAGCUCUUGCAAGACACUCUGGGUGACGAGGCUUUAACGGUAUAUUACCAGAGGUUUUUUCUUGAUUUGGUUGAACGUGAGCCUGACAUUUGUGAUAUCGACCUUAAAGAAAACCGCCAUCUGUAUAGGUUAGGUAGUGCUUGCUGGUCGCAAGUAAACCAGUACUUGCAUCCUGGUGCUACCUAUGAAGAGUGUGGUGCAUACUUUCUCAGACAUUAUGUCUUACUUCAAGCUAAAACAAAUGCAGAAAAAUUUGAAACUCUCUUGUACAUGUUCAAGAAGCUUAUUAAAGUCUCCCGUGGAGAGAUACAGACAGAAAACUAUGAUUCUUUUGCAUUUCAAGAACUCUUGCUACCAGGGCAAAUAUAUUCAUGUAUUUUAAAGGAGAGUUUAUAUGUAGCAUUAUUAAAAAUACGAUCUAUAUAUCAUGCUGAGUUGUUAGAGUUAUGCAAAAAUAUUAGCGGCGAUGCAACAAGGCAUUCCAAGAGGCGAUUGAUAGAUGUAGAUUUACAAUCGCAUGAACAAAAGGAACUCUUAGAGAAGUUAUUGGAAAAACCAGAAUUAUUCAGUUAUGCUGUUGAAAAAGUAGCCAGCGAUAUUCCUAAAAAACUGCAUUCUUUUUUGGCCACAGGCAAUGCUACCAAUAUGCAUUUUGAGUUAACUCAGUCAUCUGGACUCACAGUUGUCGCAGAACGCAUCAACUACCACAGAUUCAUGAGUCACUUUAGAUCACUUCAUAGAGGGAGUUUAUUUGCUAAAAUGCGCUCUACAGAGGUACGAAAAUUGUUAGGUGAAACUUGGGGGUUCAUCUGCCCUGUACAUACCCCUGAUGGCGCCCCUUGUGGAUUGUUACUUCAUUUGGCUCAGUAUGCUGUACCAGUAACUGCUACUGAUUGUGAGGGUGCUGCAGAGGCUGUAAAGUCAUUAUUGCGUACCCAUGGAUACUCUGUGGAUUUCACUGGACACGAAACUGUAACAGAUUUUGUAACCCAUGAUGCGCAACAUAUAAAAAGAAUACACGUAAUUGUUGACGGAGUUCCAAUGUGUACUUUACCCAUCAAUGAAGCGCCCAAACUUUAUGAUGAAAUUAAAUUGGCAAAACGUUACGGGAAGUUUGGGCUAAAAGAACACUACGAAAUAGUAGCAUCACCUGAUGUAAAAGGAGAAUACACCAGUAUAAUGAUAUUAACCUAUCCAGGAAGAGUUAUAAGGCCAGUUAUAUGUCUUACGUCAGGGGAAAUUGAAUGGAUUGGCCCAAUUACUCAAUUGUGGUCUACAAUUGCAGUGUCUGAAGAAGAAGCUAGAAUAUCUCACCAAAUGGUUGCUAGCAAUGCAGAAGGAAAAUGUAAAACACUCUCCAUCGAUGAAGCUUUGAUGCAUGAUAACUCAUCUGACCAUGCAGUUUCACCGGUUAAAAAGGUGAUUGAUAACGUUCCAGUAAAAUACGACUAUAUGGAAGUAUCCCCAUCUGCAAUUUUGUCAGUAACAGCCGCUUUAACUCCUUUUAGCAAUCACAAUCAAAGUCCUAGAAACAUGUAUCAGUGCCAAAUGCUAAAACAGAGUAUGGGUGUACCAUAUCAUUGUGAGCAAUUUAGGUCAGAUGUAAAAGCAUAUAGGUUGUUAUUUCCACAGAAACCUUUGGUCACAACUACGGAGUUUAGACAAAUGAAUUAUGAAGAUUAUCCUACAGGUAUGAAUGCAGUAGUAGCCGUAAUUGCUCACACUGGUUUCGACAUGGAGGAUGCUAUGAUUAUCAAUAAAUCUUCCCUUGAUCGGGGAGCAUUCCAUGGCUGCAUAUAUAAAAGUAAAGUCAUUGAUGCCAUGCCUGCUAAUGGUAGAUCCCGGGGAAAUCAGCAUUACUUUGCGAACACUAAUCAUUUGGGUUCUAAGAUUAUUGCGUCCUUAGAUAAAGACGGGUUGCCAAAUGUUGGUGCCAGAGUUAAGAAAGGAACCCCAAUAUGUCGUAUAGAGUCUCAUGAGAAGGUUGGAGGCAGCAAACAAAUAAGCGAUCGUGUAGAGAAAUAUCACGAUGAAGAUGCCAUUGUAGACCAGGUUACAAUAAUAGGUUGCAAUGACGCUAGCGUGGCUGAAAUGCCAAAUGCAUCAAACAUCAAAGGAACUAGAGCUACUAUAAAAUUCCGAAUCGUACGCAAUCCCAUUGUGGGUGAUAAAUUUGCGAGUAGACAUGGUCAAAAGGGCAUCCUUUCCAUGGCUUGGCCAGCUGAGAAUAUGCCUUUCCUUGAGUCUGGAAUAAUUCCUGACAUUAUUUUCAAUCCACAUGGUUUACCGUCUCGUAUGACAAUAGGGAAGUUAAUUGAAUGUAUGGCGGGUAAGUCAGCUGCUAUACACGGGGCAUUCCAGGAUGCCACAUGCUUCAGAAAGUACCCAAAACAAAUGGCAACAGGAAACAAGUGGAUUGAUCACGGCGGCUUAAAAGGUUGGGAAGAACGUGGUUUUAGAUAUAUGUCAAAAGAAGAGGAGUUAAGCAAAACAGAAGAUGACGUCAUUGACUACUUUGGAAAAACAUUGUUGCAGGCCGGUUACGACUACUAUGGUACGGAGAGUAUGUAUUGUGGUUCGCUAGGCACCGAAAUAAGGACACAUAUAUUCAUCGGCUGCAUAUUUUACCAGCGUCUGCGCCACAUGGUAUCGGACAAAGCGCAGGUUCGUGCUACUGGACCAGUGGAUGCCAUUACCAAGCAGCCAGUAAAGGGAAGGAAAAAUCGCGGUGGUAUUCGUUUUGGUGAAAUGGAACGCGACUCUUUAAUUGCCCACGGUGCUUCUGCGCUACUUCAAGACCGGUUAAUCCAUUGCUCUGACGCUCAUACAGCAUAUGUGUGUCCCAAUUGUGGUUCCAUAAUAUCGGCAACCGUCACAUCUGUUGGUGCUACGAACAAGCGAUCCGUUUCUCAUUGUAGAAUAUGUAAAGUCGCAUGUAAGUUGGUAACAAUUCCUUACGUCCUUAGAUACGUGGCCCAUGAAUUAGCAUCUAUAAACGUGGGAAUUAGGUUGCACCUAUCUCAAUUGGGUCUUCCUAUAGACAGUUGAUAUGUU